CAUUUACAAAUUGUAAUGGAACCACAAUCGUAGCAGUCAGUUAUAUUUAGAUUUGUAUUUAUGUAUUUUUAAAGUAAGUAAAAAUAGAAACAUUAUUUUGAUUCAACCCCAUUUGGACACUGCAAAUUUUGAGCCCGUGUUUGAAAUAUGGCCCCCACGAUCUGCUGUAAGUGCAAUGGAGAAAUAGACGACCAGGCAAUAUGCAGCUCAGGGAAGACGUACCAUCCGGAGCACUUUACAUGUACGGUGUGCAAGGAGCCCAUAGGAGCGUCUCGGUUUAGGCUUGUCAAGAACGAGCUGAUUUGCAGCGAAUGCUUCCUGAAUAAGCAUGCCCCCAGAUGCUACUCCUGCGGCCAUCUGAUACUGGGGCGUGCCAUUGCCGCCGUUGGACGCAAGUGGCACGAAGAAUGCUUUAGGUGCGUGGGCUGCUGUCAAAAUCUGGUGACCUCGACAUUCUUCGAAGUUAACGGAUAUCUGUUCUGUAAAUGUGACUUCCGCGAAGCCUUUUCGUCGCGAUGCGCCGGCUGUGGAGAGACGAUUGACAAGAAUGCCCUAGUGGCCUUGAACACGAAAUGGCAUCCCCGCUGCUUCGAAUGCUUUAACUGUGGGAGCCGAAUUACCACUGAUAAAUUUGAUAUCGAGAACGGAAACCCCAUCUGCCUAAGGUGCAGUGCAGUUGGCGAAUAAAAUUGUUCUAAAAUUAUAGCUUUUAUAUAAAAUUUUGCUGUGAUUUGUAUCACUUGUAUCACAAUA